AUGAGUAAUUACUUUACACAAUAUUUGCCUAAUAUAAACCUACUAAAUAAUGGUCACAAUGAGACUCAGAGUGUAACAGAGUCAACCAACUCUGAGCAAGUAUCUAUUUCACCAGUAGCAAUAAAAUAUCUAACUAUAUUCAACCCAAGUUUGGUAUCACCGAAAGAAGACUCAAAUGAAGAAUUAUACAAACAAAUAUUGACUUUCCUACAGCGAAAAGAUGACGAAGAGAUAUCAAAACUUGAUCAAUUAAAAUUAGUAGGGUUAAUGCGAGGAGUUUAUUCCCUUGGCGAUAGUUUCAAUAAUUCAGAAAAUAACCCCACGAUUGUUAAAUCUUCUCAAGCUUCUACAAUAAUGAUUGGGUUAGAAAAGGAUUAUUUUAUGAUUUGUAAUGUGGAGAAUAUAACAUUAGAUACAGUUGACGUUGUCAAUGAACAAAUAAUAAAAUUGAUACGACAAAUGCAUGAUUAUUUCCAAUUGUUUCAUAAAUCAUUUUCAAAUGUGUAUGGGCAUGAGAAAUUAGAAGGAUUACAGAAGUUAUUGGACAAUUACUGGGGGAACUUCUUGACCCAGUAUAAUUUACAGGAAUUGAAACUACCGAAAUUAUCAAAUACUUGGUUAAAUACUAUGAAUUAUAAAGGGUUUUUGGGAUUGUCUAGGUUUACACAGUAUAAGAAAUCAUCAAUUUCUAUCAACACACAAACCCAUGAAGAAAUAGAAUCACUAAUUGGUGAACAACAAUGUAUAAAAGGGGUUCUUGUGAAUUACUUCAAUAGGAAAUUUCCAAAACGACAUGGUUUGAUAUAUCUAAACUCUGGAUGUGUAUCACAAGAUGGUUUAAUCAGCAUUUACAAUUGGUUAGAGUAUAAUGAAUAUCAUGGCACUUUAGAUAAUCUCAAGAAGCUCGAAGAAUUACAGUAUCACAUUUCUAGUAAUUUACCAGACGUCUCCAUUGAUGAUAGUAAUAGCUAUAGUUUUGAUAUUAGUCUGGGAUUAAAAGUAUUGAAUCCUGUUAAUUUGACAAAUACUUUGGUGAUAUCGCCUUUGAAUUAUACUGUGUCUAGUGUUAUUGAAGGUGCAAAUGCAUCAAAAAAUUGGAUGAAUAUGUCUCAGAUUUUCAAGAAUAUGACAUUGGGUGUGAAUGAACCAGAACAGGCUGCUAAUGUGACAGAUGAACCACAUGAAGAUAACGAGGAAGAAGAGGAAGACGAGCAAGAAAAUUCUGGUGAGUUCAUAGUGGGAUUACAACCAGAUGGUACUAUUCUGAAAAAGACAGUUUACUUAACGUCAAAUGAAGGGGAUUUCCAAGAGUACCGGUUAAUUAUUCUCAAGAAGGAUGAUUUCUAUAUCACUUUUAUUGUUGACUCAAAUGAAACACAAGUUGAUGUUCCUACAUUUUACACGGAAAUACAAACAGAUAUAUUUAUUCCAGUUGUUGAACAAUUUGAGACACUGAUGCUUAAUGGGAGUGUCUUACAAUCAAGCAUCACUUCCCUUAAAACAUUAUAUUUACCUAACGAGAUAGACCAAGAGUUUUUCUAUAUCAUCUAUGAUCCAAAACAACAAAACAUUCAAAGUUCAUUGCCUUAUUUACCAUAUGUUGGAGAACUAGAAGUGGAUAAUUUAGUCAAGUAUCAAAUCAUGGCUAUCUAUUACCUUCAUGAUCAAUUGAGUAAGAUUUUUAACUUCCUGUUUUUCAAUAAUCAAUUAAAUGAAUUUUUCCAUAAAUUCACAAGUAAUAAGUUAAAUGAUUGGAUGUUUUAUUAUUUCAGAUAUCGUGAAAGAUAUAUCAUUGUGAUUAAAAAUCGAAGUAAACAUGUUACAAAUAAUAGCAAUCCAAAUACAUUGCCACCGGUGGUUGAGAAAUCAAUAUUGAAUAAAAUCUCAGAAGGUGUUCUGGAUUAUGCUACACUUGGAUUUUUAGAAAAUCUUGGCGAUGAUGUCAAAUACUGGUUAGGUACACAACAAGAACCAAAUCAAUAA